CGCUGCCGCCGCCGCAGUCCUCGGCUUCCCCGGCUGGAAACCUUUGCAAUUGAGCCGCUGCUUCUAGGUCUGCGCCGCCCGUCGCCCCUCCCGCCAUCCCGGGGCUUGCGAGAGAGCGCAACGGGGACUCAGGGCUGCGGGGAAAACCUGUGACCCCCGCGCAAGAGCGGGGCGGGGGACCGGGAGAAGAUGGCGACGCCGGGAAGCGAACCCCAAGCUUUCACGCCCGCCCUCUCGGUAACCGCCCUGCACCCGCAUCUCCACCAGCACCACCAGCACCACGGAGGCACUGGAGGAGGCGCGGGCUUCAACCUGCCCUUGAACCGUGGGCUGGAGCGCGCGCUGGAAGAGGCGGCCAAUUCUGGGGGCUUGAACCUGAGCGCAAGGAAGCUGAAGGAGUUUCCCCGGACGGCAGCCCCGGGGCACGACCUCUCGGAUACGGUUCAGGCAGAUCUGUCUAAAAACAGGCUGGUGGAAGUGCCAAUGGAGCUGUGCCAUUUCGUGUCCCUGGAAAUCCUUAACCUGUAUCACAACUGCAUCCGCGUCAUUCCUGAGGCCAUUGUCAAUCUGCAGAUGCUGACCUACUUAAACCUGAGCCGCAAUCAGCUGUCUGCCCUGCCCGCCUGCCUGUGUGGUCUGCCUCUCAAAGUCUUAAUCGCGAGUAACAACAAGCUGGGAUCACUGCCUGAAGAGAUAGGUCAGCUCAAACAGUUAAUGGAGUUGGAUGUCAGCUGCAACGAGAUCACAGCCUUGCCCCAGCAGAUAGGCCAGCUGAAGUCUCUGCGAGAACUGAAUGUCCGGAGAAAUUACCUUAAGGUUUUACCACCCGAGCUAGUAGAUCUCCCCUUGGUAAAGUUUGACUUUUCCUGCAACAAAGUUCUGGUGAUCCCCAUUUGCUUCAGAGAGAUGAAGCAGCUGCAGGUGCUUCUGCUAGAGAACAACCCUCUGCAGUCCCCUCCGGCUCAGAUUUGCACGAAAGGCAAAGUGCACAUAUUUAAGUAUCUGAGUAUACAGGCGUGCCAGAUUAAGACGACUGAUCCCCUCUACCUCCACGCCAUGGAGAGGCCUCAUUUACACCAGCACGUAGAAGACAGUAAGAAGGAUUCUGAUUCGGGAGUUGGAAGUGACAAUGGAGAUAAGCGGUUGUCUGCCACCGAGCCCUCCGAUGAGGACACAGUUAGCCUCAAUGUUCCCAUGUCAAAUAUCAUGGAGGAAGACCAGACCAUCAAGGAGGAUGCAUGCCAUCGUCUGACCCCAGCUAAAGGAGAAUUUCAGCCAAAGCCUUCCCUCUUGGGUGACAGCAGCUCAGGACAAGAAAGAGACCAGUUUGCCGAUGGAGCAGACGCUCUUCACUCGGGAUUUAUGAACUAUAUUAAGGACCAGGCAGAAGACUGUGAAGAGCUGUUGCGGAUAGAAGAGGACGCUCACUGGCAGAUGGAAGGAUUACUAGGGUCAUCCAAAGAUCAGGAUUUGGAUAUAGUGAUGAUGGAGCAGUUCCGAGAAGCAGAUUUGCUUCAGGAUCCCAACGGUCUGAGCACCGACAUCACAGAGAGGAGUAUUUUGAACCUGUACCCCAUGGGCUCUGCAGAAGCCUUAGAAUUACCUGAUUCUACGUUCAAUGGUCAGAUGCAGCUAGAGACGUCUCCAGAGUGUGAGGUGCAAAACGACCUGAUGCUACAGAGCAAUGGGAGCCAGUAUUCUCCAAACGAGCCACAGAUGAGAGAGAACUCGCCUUCGGUGUCUCCGACUGCAAACAUCACAGCUCCCUUUGGCCUGAAGCCUCGCUCAGACCCAGCCCUCAUUCUCCCUCCUAUCUCCUUCAACAAACUUACGCAGGCACAAACAUGGGACAACUCUAGCUACAGUGUUCCAUCUGAAGGAGACACUGACAAUGUGUUUCUAAGACCUCAGAGAAACCUGGAAUCCGUAGACCCACAGUUUACGAUUCGGAGGAAGAUGGAGCAAAUGAGAGAAGAAAAGGAGCUGGUGGAGCAGCUCCGCGAGAGCAUCGAAAUGAGGUUGAAAGUGACCCUCCAUGAAGACCUCGGGGCCGCACUCAUGGACGGCGUUGUGCUCUGCCACCUGGCCAACCACAUCCGCCCGCGCUCUGUCGCCAGCAUCCAUGUCCCCUCACCCGCAGUUCCCAAACUCAGCAUGGCCAAGUGCAGGAGGAAUGUGGAAAACUUCCUGGAAGCUUGCAGAAAACUUGGCGUUCCCGAGGCCGACCUCUGCUCUCCGUAUGACAUCCUGCAGUUGGAUUUUCGUCACAUUCGAAAGACUGUUGACGCUCUGCUGGCACUCGGGGAGAAACCCCCACAACCAACUUCUACCCUCCGCGCCAGGGACCUUAUAGGCUUCUGUCUUGUCCAUGUUCUCUUUAUAGUACUGGUCUAUAUCACUUACCGCUGGAACGCUCUGUCCGCGUAACCCCUGCACGCGCAUCCAAAUGCUCUGCUCUGGCACCCUGGUCCAUCCCAGCUCCUUCCUCCAUUGGAGGCUUUGCCUUGCAAACUCCCAUCCCUCUCAGCUCUUCAGUAAGCUAUUGAGUUUUGAAGUUUAUGAACAUUUAUGAACCAGAUUUUUUCCAGAAGCACAAACUUUAUAGAAUGCAGUUCCCCUUGGGUAGUUUCUUUCCCUUAACAGUGACAGCAAAGCCUGUCAAUCCAUACCUCAUGUUUCUUCAUGCACAUAGUGAAGGCGCCAAUGCUGCUGUGGGCCCUGCUCUCUCCCAUGAGCCUUUGCUGCUCUGGGUAGUGAAUAAGGGGAGCCAAGACAGAACAGGCUGGAUUUAGCUUAUGGGAAUCUUGAGACUUGAUGCUAGUUCGAAGUCAGGACUGGGAAUUGAGUUGUAGAGGGGUUGCCUUGCAGAGACAAUAAGUCAGCAUUUUGGCCCUGUAUGAUUCAUAAAAGUCUCUAACGAUGCCAUUGCUGACCAAGUUGAGAAGUCUUAUCUGGAGAAUGGCUGCUGUGCUGGCUGGUUAGUUGGAGUCCUUCCUGUUUGCUGCAAGGGAAUUGUGAAGGGCACCCAGAAGGGUUGCUGCCCAAGUCCACCGCAGCAUGCCUUCUUUGCCCUAUGCAGGCAUGUUCUGGGGAAGUGCCUUCCUGGUAGAGCGCCACCUGGUGGAUCUGCUUACACUGCCUUUCCUUUUCGUUAGGGUUGUUCCGAGAGUCUGAGAAAAGUGUUUUCUAGAAGGGAUUUCUAUUUUUGCAUAAUGUAUUGGGUCAUUUUUCAUGAUAUGUCACAUGACUGCAGAUCCAGAAUGUGAUGGAUUUGACUAUUCAGUCUCAAAUAAAUCUAUGGGUCUUGGAACAUUCUUGGUCCCGGGGCCUCGAGUUACUAUAGCAGCAGCUAAUGAGAAGAUUGCUCUUAUUUUAGAUGAACCUUGUUUUCUACAUUUACUUUGUCCACUUGUCCUUUGAUUUCCAGAUGUGUUAACUGGCCGACUGUUUAGUUUUUAAGUCAGUUUUUAAAGGCUUGCUUAUCAACACUCACUUUUUGGAGCAAAGCAAUGAGCUUUUCAUUAAAGGGGGAAAAUGUUAGACCCUAAUGUAGACCCAGAUUUUGCUGAGUUCUGGGAUGCCUCUUUACAAUCUGAGGAGUCCUGCUGUGCAAGCUCCAGCCACUAUCACCUGCUUUGUUUUAUACCUUCUUCCCAAAUGCUGCUUCUUGGGUGGGGAAGAUGGUAGAGUUAUUGUCCUCAAGGUAAAUUUCUAGUUUGCUGGAUACAGACAUUCCUCAGAUACAGCUGCUAAGGAUAGUAUCUUAUUUUUCUGAACCAAUUCAUGAGUCCAGGGAAGAGGAGAUUCUGAAAAACCUCCAUACUUGAAAGGAUAUAUUUAUAAUGGUUCCUUGCUGCUAAAUCAGAUCAGAAUUAUUUUUAAACAGGCAACAUUCUUUACAUGGUACGAUGUUAGACUGUCCGAGCUUUUUCCUCCCUUCUUUGUGUUGACCGGGGAAUACAGGGUACUUGGAAGCUGUUGGACAUUGAUUUGUGUCUAAAUAACCACAGAUGUACUGAAUUGCCUUUGGUGCUAUCUUGUACUUUCACUCUGUAACAAUAAAAUCCCUUUGUACA